AUUUUAUUUUAUUAUCCGAGCAGCCACCCGGAGAAGGCAAAAGAAAAUCUCUGUGCUUCCUCUUCCGAUUCUCACCAGCCACCACCAACGCCGCCGUCCGGAGAAUUCCGCCGGCGAAAUGGGUCCGAUCGUGCUGACUCAGCUGGCGACGGGCCUGAGCGUGCUGGCCGGGGCGGUCCUCGUCAAGUCGGUCAUGGACCAGAAGCCCAUGGCCGGCCAGUUCCCGCGGUGCCCGAGCUGCAACGGCACGGGCCGGGUCGCGUGCAUGUGCUCCCGGUGGUCGGACGGCGACGUCGGGUGCCGGACCUGCGCCGGGUCCGGCCGGAUGGCGUGCAGCAGCUGCGGAGGGACGGGCACGGGCCGGCCCUUGCCGGUCCAGCUCUCGGUGAGGCGUCCUCCUCCUGCUCCUCCGUCUUAAGUGGGCCGGGGGCGGGGGCGGCUUCUGUGUAACUUUUAUGUUUCCGGUCAUUAUAUAGUAGUUCUCAGAGCAACCCUCGUCUCUGAUACAUUCGUUUUUUUCUCUCUCGCUUUCCUUUAGGGGAUUAAGUUAUGUAAUAUAAAUUGGGAAGAUACUUGGAUGAAGGAGGUGGGGUAUGCUAUUAGGAUGUAAUCAGAUGCGAAUACUGCAAAUUCAGAUUCUUGUAUGAUGAUGAUGAUG